AUGAGGGGGGGGAGGGAUACGAGACAAGGGGAGGAUUAGCGCACAUGGUGGAGGCGACGAGGGUUUAUGCCGCGGGGUCCCUGGUGUGCAUCGCCCUCGCGGUGGUGCCGGCGGCGACGGUUCUCCUUCCGCUUGUCACAGGACGAUCCCUCUUCGCGGCGAUGGGCCUGCCACUCGACGACGACCUCCCUCCUCUCGUAGCCGGUGGACUACUCUGUGCGGCGUGGGCUUGGGCUCUCUCGGCGCUGUUCCGGCUGCAAGUGGCUGCCGGACAGCAUCGCCGCCUUUUGUGCAACGCCCUAAUGCUUGCAGGGAAGUGGUUCGUGAUCGGCGCCCUGCUGAUGGGCGCCUUGCCCGGGCUGACGGGGCUGUUAGUCCACGACGCCCUUCGGGGGCCUCUGCCCCCCACCGAAGAGACCGCGGCCCUCACGUGGGGCAAGAUCUGGGCGCUGGGCCUCGUCUGCGUUAAGCUCUGGGCGAGGUGCGUGCUGGCAGGGGCGGUGAGGCACGAAGCAUGGCAAGGGCGUCUUCGGCGCUUGAGGGACAAUGGCUUCCGAGGCGUGGACUUCAAGUUCACCAUACUGGAGGUGUGCUUCCCCCUUCUCGACGUCGUCGGGCAGUUCUACUUCUGGCCGCACCUCUUGAACCGCUUCGCUCUCCCACUUCUGGUGGCCAACCAGCGGGACCUCCGUGUCAUCCAGAAGGGGAUGCCUUUUGUGUUCCUCCUGCUGAGGGCUCUUUGGUCGGCGGCGAUGUUCGUGGUGAACAAGAUGAAGGCUCUCCACGACCUGAUUCGCGACGAUGAGUAUCUGGUGGGCCUGGAGCUAGAGAAUAUGCCCCCUCAGGGCCACGCCGACGACGCCAGGCCGUCGUAGUUACGACAAGGCAUUACUGUCUCUCUAUUUUCGCUUGUCUCACGGUCAAACGCCUUGAGAUAUGGUGGGAUGUAACACCUGCGUAGAAAGAAGACUAUUCUGCUGCGGUAGGGGAGGCAUGGUGUUCUCUAUUGUGAGGCGCUCAUGUGUUCCGGCGACAGGAAUGCAGAAAAUAACGGAGUGUCCGGUCUUGUUACGAACGGGUAUAUUUCCGCACGCUUCCGGGGAAAGACAAACCUGGCGGUACCCGAGCAGUGGCGUUCAUUCUCGGACUCGACUGAAGACCCUUUGCGGGCAACAUCUUCCUGGAGUGCUUGGUGUGGAAUUGACCAGAUGACCGGCGCGAGCGCCCGGUCAUAAUGUCGGGGCGAGGUGGAGGGCACGCACGACUGCUGUAGAAUGGUGAUACCCUCAUUGUUCAGUUGGGUCCUAGGCUAAUCGUCGGCCAGACGACGCGCCUGUCAGUACUCGGUUCCGUUUCGACGUUUUUUUCCGUUUUUUCCCACAGAACGAAUACAAGGAAGGGAAAGAGAGAGAGAGAAAGAGA